AUGGCCAGCACGCUUUUCAAGAUCGUGGAUACCGGUUCCAAUGCCGUCAUUUACGAUACCGUCAACCACCUGCAAGUGCUCACAAGCACGGAUGCAUCCAGCUCCACGGCCGGUGGAGCCCUCACCGUGAGCGGUGGUCUUGCCGUCGCAAAGAGUGCCUAUGUCGGCACCAGCAUGAGCGUCGGUGGGGACCUUACCGUCACAGGCAAUAUCUCGGGUACGAUCACCGGCUCACUGUCCUCGUCGAGUGCCAUCAGCACCACCAACACCACAGAUGCCACAUCGACCUCGACUGGAUCCAUCACGGCCUCUGGAGGACUUGGUGUCGGCAAGAGUGUCUAUGUGGGCAAGCAGCUCCAGAUUGCCCCAUCGACGGUAACAGCUGCCCCACCAAGUGCAACCGCUGGUCGAGUCUUUGGCAUCGCGGCAUCGACAUUCACCGAUAGCUCCACGGCAGCAUCCGGGACCAACACGGCCUUCUACGACACCUAUAUCGGUCAGACCACCCUCUCUGCCACAAACACUGGUGUUACGACGACCAUGGCUGCCACGGUGUAUAUUGCUGGUGCCCCGAUCGCCGGCAGCAACGAGACGCUCACCCGUGCCUAUGCACUCUCGAUCGGCGCCGGAGCCAUCAACUCUGGUGAUACGACCAACUCGACCUCUGCCUCGACGGGAUCGAUUGUGGUUGGCGGAGGAAUCGGAGUCGGCAGCACCCAGAAUUCAAGCGGUACGACCAACGGGGGCGCCCUUACCGUCGCAGGCGGUGCAGCGUUCGCUAAGGAUGUCUACUGCGGCGGGACCCUCUCGACAAGCUCGGAUGCCCGACUCAAGAAGCUCGGUCCGGAGCUGGAGCCCUUUGAUACACUGGACGCCUUGAACACCAUCCGGUGCCUGCGAUUCCAGUGGAACCGUGAUUUCGAGGAGGUGAGUGACCCGGAGUGGAACAUUGGUCUGGUUGCGCAGGAUGUGCAGGCGACCUUCCCGGAGCUGGUCAAGAUCGGGUCGGAUGGAUUCCUGUCGGUCAACUAUUCGAGUGCGGUUGCGGUGGCCCUGGCAUCCAUCAAGGCCCUCAACACCAAAGUCCAGAGCCUCGAGUCCAAGCUGGCAUCGUUGGGCAGCAGCAAAUCUCAAGACCGUAACAAACCAAAAAUGACAAUCGCAAUCAUGCUCCUCCUGGCCUUCGUCCUCUGGCCCAUUGCCCACUGCCUACUUCAUACUGCCUCUUCUACGGCCUAUACUAUCAUUACCUACAUUGCCUAUAUUACCUAUAUUGCCUGCUAUCAUCCGGCACAAACCAUCCUAUCCAUCGCAUUCCGCGAUUACUACGCGUCGCACGUCACUAUCGACGCCUCAAGACAUUCCUGCCCAUCCAUGGCACAUCCGAUCCACUCGAGCCCCGCUCGCGACACCAAGACCACCAAGCUCGAUCCUCUCACGUCUCAAAUGGGAACCACUCCUGGAACAUGACUCUGUUGAUUUGAUUUGAUUUGAUAAGCCCUCUGCCGCCGCCCAUCACCAAUUGGUUCGCCAGUUGAGACCUCCAGCUCUGUCUGGAACCACCGUGGCUCUGUCCACACGCGAGACUGGUUCAUUGGUCUUCGCUUCAACGACCAUUGUGGUCGGGUUUGAACGAAAAUUUGGCGGCGGCAGAGGCGGACCUAUGCCCAAAUUCACACGGCAUACGGACACUGUAUUCGAUAUUUCGCAUGCAAUUUACUGCAAUACACAUCGUUUGGCCUCUUCCUCUGCCUUUCUGG